CGGCUCCCGCAGGCGUUCCGCGUGGACGUGAUCCGUGAGGAAGGGGACACCCUGGAGUUCGACAUGGUGGGCAUCGACGCCGCCAUCGCCAACGCCUUCCGCCGCAUCCUGCUCGCCGAGGUGCCAACGAUGGCUGUAGAGAAGGUCUUUGUGUACAACAACACAUCCAUUGUGCAGGAUGAAAUUCUGGCUCAUCGGUUGGGCCUCAUCCCUAUCCGAGCUGACCCUCGGCUCUUUGAGUACAGAAACCAAGGAGAUCAGGAAGGCACUGAAAUUGAUACUCUGCAGUUUCAGCUGAAAAUCAAAUGCAAACGAAACCCUCAGGCUGCCAAGGAAUCAUCUGAUCCUGAUGAACUAUAUUUCAAUCAUAAAGUGUACAGUAAACACAUGACGUGGGUGCCCCUGGGGAAUCAGACAGACCUCUUUCCAGAUGCUGACUUCCGACCUGUUCACGAUGACAUCCUCAUUGCACUGUUGCGACCCGGACAGGAAAUAGAUGUGCUUAUGCAUUGUGUCAAGGGUAUAGGUAAGGAUCAUGCCAAGUUUUCUCCUGUGGCCACAGCCAGUUAUCGACUGCUUCCUGACAUUACUCUCCUGCAGCCUAUUGAGGAUGAGGCAGCUGAGACAUUACAGAAGUGCUUUUCCCCUGGGGUCAUUGAGAUCCAGAAUAUCAAUGGAAAAAGGGUGGCAAGAGUAGCCAAUGCACGGCUGGACACAUUCAGCAGAGAAGUUUUCCGACAUGAGGGUCUGAAAAACCUUGUGCGCCUGGCAAGAGUACGGAACCAUUACAUCUUUUCAGUGGAGUCGACAGGUAUCUUACCUCCAGAUGUGCUGGUGAGUGAAGCCAUCAAGAUCCUGAUGGGAAAGUGUCAGCGCUUCCUCAAUGAGCUGGACUCUGUGCCUAUGGAGUGACCAGGCUGUAGCUGGGAAAGCAGAAACCUGCACUGCUGUUCUGGGCUUCCUGCACCUGCCUCGAUGGGGGAUUCCUCUUCCAUAGGCAGAAGGCUUGAGAGCGGUUUGCCAAGAAUCCAAGGACUAUCUCUUUGGAUUUUUCUGUUGGUAAUGAGCCUCAGUGAGGAGAUGCACUAAAAUAAAGGCUUUUUUUUUUAAAAAAAAAAAGCUGUGUCCUGUGCCAUUCACAAUUGUGAAACCAAAACCAUCAUACAUGGAAGAAGUGGCAGCAGGUCUAAGGAUGGCUAACAGCAUUUAUUUUAGAUGGUAUGCCGUGAGUGAGGAGGACUGAUGGGGUGGUGUAGUAAAGCACUUCACAGCAGGUCAGUGAGGUUUAAAGAGUUGGCAUAAGGGCACGGCUGUUUUGCAGGUGUUUCAGACCAGCUCUGGGAUAGUUAAUAUGGUAGAGAAAAGGCUGUACUAUUAGAGGACUGGAACACCUCUCCUAUGAAAAAAUUGAGAGAGAGCUGUGAUUGUUCAGUUCAGCCUGGAGAACAAGAAAGCUCCAGGGAGGCCCCAUUCUGGCCUUUCAGUAUAUAAAGGGGGCAUGGAGAAAGACUUUACCAGGGUCUGUAGUGACAGGCUAAAGGCCAACAGUUUUGAACUGGAAGAAGGUAGACUUACAUUGAACGUCAGGUAUUUUUUACAAUGAAGGUGGAGGUAAGUUGUCACAGGUUUCCCACAGCUGCGAAUGCCCCAUCCCUGAAGUGUUCAAGGCCAGGUUAGAUGAGGCGUUGAGCAACGUGGUUAAGAGUUGAAAAUGGGAGUACUGGUGUGUCUCAGUUUCUGAAGUCAAUCCAUGCUAUAGUGCUAGACUUCAGUCUAGUUCUACAUUCUGCUAAGUAAGUCGAAUCAAAGUUUCCCUGGGGUAGAAUUACUUAAGAGUGUAAACAUCCUGUUAGGGUGAAUAUGCUGUAGGGAGAAGGCACACUUGGCAUCCUGGCUCCAACCCAAAUCUAUCCCAUGCCAUGCUGCAGACCCAGGUAUAUACUGCAUGUGCAUGUCACCCAUUAUCACUGUCUACCCAUCCAUAACUAUCCAUCCAUCCACCUCUGUGCUACUUGCGUCACAUGCUUAUGGGAUGGGCCCUUGAAAAGUCUUAAGGUUUUGCUUUGACAAUACACAUCCCUCAAGCUGUAAGCUGGGACCUAGAAUUAAAAUAAACUAUCAGUGAGUCACAAAUUAAUACCUCAAAAAUGCAAUUUCCCCCUCACCUAAUUAAACUAUAUAGUCUGGAAUGGUUCAUCCCCUGACAGUGUAUACACCACCAGCAAAGGUGCUCCCUUUUUGGUAGCUGGAAUAAGGGAUACUGUGAAAUCUCCAGGAGGGCAGUCUGGCCAGACCAGAGGCCUCAGAUCUUACUGAAACAGAUAAAAGAAUAAAAAUGAAACAUGACACCAUGUGUAUGAAACUGGAAUAGCUUUACUGACAUUCAGGUGUAACACAACCAGUUCAGAGACGGCUUUGGAUUUAAACAUUCCUACAAAAAAGGUUUAAAAUCCAUUUUACAAAAACCCCUUGUGUCUAGCAUGAAGUCACAGAAUGUUAAAAAUAUC